AUAUCUGAAGAAAAAGUUAUAGAAAAUAAAAAAACAGGCGUAACGGAUCUGAAAAGUAAGAAUGAAGCUUGGGAAAGAGUUACAAAAAGAUGCAGCCAAGGAUGUACACCUCGUAGUAGCAAGCAAUUGAAAAAAUGCUGGGACAACAUGAAACAAAAAAAAAAAAAGUUAAAUACUUCAAUGAAAGUUCAGCGUCUUAUGACGGGUGGAGGCGUUUCACCAGCAGUAUCUGUUGAUCCAGUCAUGGAUUUUAUGGAUGCUACAACUCCCAAUUUGGACUUGGAAAUAUCAUGUCCAUUUGACAGUACAGCUCAAUUUGAGAAUGAGUACAAUAUCGAGAGUAACUCAAACAGGCAAUUAAUCACUAAUAAUAAUGACGAGGAGGAUAAAGAUUCAGUAUUAGUAGCAGAUGAGGAAAAUGUUUAUUUACAAAAUUUAGAUAAAGAAAAUUCUGAAGGUCGAUACUCGAUGUCUAAUAUGAACAAAAUUGGCGCUGGCAGAACCAUGAAAAGGAAACAAAACUCAGUAUUAAAAAAUAAACAAGAUUUUUACAACAUAACAGAUGAAAAAGAGUUACGAUUAAUAAAGCUUCGCGAUGCAAUUGAGCAGCAGCGAGAACUUCAUUCGAUGAAGAUGAAAGUUGCUGAUGCAGAAGUGAAAGUUGUAUUGCUUAAACUGUCAAUGGCUGAAGAUAAAGUAAAAGAGCAAUCUGAGAUAUAA